CCCCAUUUUACCUUCUUUUACCCCGCGCUCCAGCUGGAUAGCGAGUUUGUAAACCUCCAGGAUUCCGGUAUCCUUUGCUUGGGAUCAAGCCAUAAUCAGCAAUAGACGUUGUGCACUGCACCUGAGGGAGCGCAACGGCAAGAUGCCUACCCUAUCGUUGAUUAACUUCAACAUCGUCUGUGCGACGCUGGGAGGAUUCAUAUCCGUCUUCGGACUGGUGUCCUACCUUUUCAAGGAGAGAUUUUAUCUUUCUGAAGCAUUGAUUUCAUUGCUAGCUGGAGUGAUCUUCUCCCCUCAUGCAGCCAACUUCAUAAGACCCCAAGAGUAUGCACUUGGUUCCGAGCAGAAUCUAGAAGAGAUCACCCUGUAUUUCACCCGUCUCGUUCUCGGGGUCCAGCUAGUCCUUGCCGGGGUUCAGCUCCCCAAACGGUACUUGCAGAUAGAAUGGAAGAGCCUGUCGCUCCUUUUGGGCCCUGGGAUGGCUGCCAUGUGGAUGUGUAGCAGCCUGGUCAUUUGGGCGAUGGUACCGAACUUUCCCUUUCUCCAUGCCCUUGUCGUGGGUGCGUGCAUCACUCCUACCGACCCCGUCCUGUCCAAUUCCAUCGUAAAGGGGAAAUUUGCCGACAAGAAUGUGCCGAGGCCCUUGCAGCGCAUUAUUGUGGCCGAGUCAGGUGCCAACGAUGGUCUCGGCUAUCCUUUUCUCUAUUUUGGAUUGUAUCUGCUCAAGUACAUUGGAAUGGGCGGCGAGGGGUACAGUGGAGGCGCUGGCAAAGCUAUAGGCCUGUGGUUCUAUGAAACUUGGGUCUAUACUGUGAUCCUGAGUGUUGUCUACGGGAUCGUAGUUGGGUGGCUCUCCCGUAAGCUGCUUCACUGGGCAGAGGAGAAGCAUUAUGUUGAUCGGGAGAGCUUUCUUGUGUUCGCUAUCGCUCUUUCUUUAUUUAUCAUCGGUACAUGUGGGUUGAUAGGGACCGAUGAUCUCCUGGCCUGCUUUGUUGCCGGCAAUGUGUUUACGCAAGAUGAUUGGUUUCGCCUGGAAACCAUGGAUGACUCCUUGCAGCCAACCAUUGAUAUGUUGCUGAACUUGGCGGUCUUCAUGUGGUUCGGUGCUGUCUGCCCGUGGUCAUCGUUCCUGAACAACAGCGUGAUUCCCAUCUAUCGCUUGAUAUUUUUAGGGAUCCUAAUCCUGCUAGUCCGACGAAUGCCCAUCAUUUUCGCCAUGCACAAGCUCAUCCACCAAAUCGAGCACUUCUACCAGGCAGCAUUUGUUGGCUUCUUCGGACCUAUCGGAGUCGGAGCUGUCUUCUACCUGUCGGUCAGCCGGGAAUUUCUGAACCAAAUCACCGUCGAUGGUCAAGUCCGCGAAGAUGCCGCCAAGGUGUCCGAGGCCGUGAACGUCGUAGUUUGGUUCCUGGUCAUUUGCAGCAUCAUCGUCCAUGGCCUCUGUAUCCCCCUAGCAAAAGCCGGCUACCAUCUCCCCCGGACAAUCUCCCAAGCCCUCAGCACCAGCACCAUAGCUGAACCUGACCCCGUACCGAUCGCCAAUGUGCAACAUACGCACAGUACCGCGACACGCGGCGUGGGUCCCACGAACAACCGGAACCGGAAGCGCGGUCAUGCAGGACGGGAACCGCCCGACCCGGCCGUCUUCCAGAUCGGUCGGUCUGUUAUUCGGACCACCUCUUCGCAGGAGCAAGUCCAGGUCGGAGCAGCAACUGCGGAUGAACCUGCUCGACCUGUUAACCUGAUUGUUCGGGAGAAUGAGCAGGAUAGUCCACAAGAGAGCAGUAACAGUAACAGUCCGACUCCGGCAGUCGAACAGCACGUUUAGUCUGCUUGGAGAUGUAUCUGGGCAGGAUUCGGAGACGAAUCCUUGCUGUUGCGAGCUGGAGCUGAGGCUGGAGCUGCAUGGAGAUCUUUUGUGAUUGGUCUCUAUUCACAGAAUGAUGCUCGUGUUGUAUUUGCGGUGAUGAUGCAGCUGAAUGGCUGCACAUACGAUGAAUGUUAGAGUUGAGGGGGAUGUGUAUAGCUGAGGAUUUGUGGAUGGAUGGUUCGGUGUAUAGAGAUAGAUGGACGGUGUAUAGAUGGGAUGAUGUGUGGGAGUGAGAGACGUGAUACUGUAUAAAGAGACGUUCUGCCUACUAGUCAGCAUCUAGUGACAGUGAUUCAUUAGAUCUUAGUUCACUACAUAGACUACUAGUUAGCUGAAUAUACAUACUGUCGUGAUGGUGUG